GAUGCUAAGCUUUUAACUGCGCUUCCUAAAGUUGCAGAAUUAAGAAAAAUCUUUGAACCAAAGAGGAAAGAAUUUUUAGAAAUGAAAAGAAAAGAGAGAAUUGCCAGGCGCUUGGAAGGGAUUGAAACUGACACCCAGCCCAUCCUCUUGCAGAGCUGCACAGGGCUUGUGACUCAUCGCCUGCUGGAGGAAGACACGCCCCGGUACAUGCGAGCCACAGACCCCGCCAGCCCCCACAUCGGCCGAUCAAAUGAAGAGGAAGAAACUUCUGAUUCUUCGGUAGAGAAGCCGACUCGAUCUAAACUCUACACAGAAACCUCAGGCGUCCAUGGUGACUCAUCUUACAGUUCAGGGAUCAUGGACACACAGAGUCUGGAGUCCAAAGCCGAAAGGAUCGCCAGGUACAAGGCGGAGAGGAGAAGGCAGUUGGCGGAAAAAUAUGGGCUAAGUCUGGAUUCUGAAGCCGACUCCGAAUCAACAUCUCGAUACAUCAAGUCCAGGAAGGAGCCUGAUGCUGUGGAGAAAAGGGGAGGAAAAAGCGACCGCCAGGCCGAGUGGAGCCAGGAGCCGAGUUCUCUCUGCUCCAGGCCCGAGGGCGCGGGGCUCAGGGCGGGCGCGGCGGAAUGCAGGGACUGUGCGGCCCGCGGGAGCCACGGCGUCGCCGGCGCCGAGGUGCUGCUCGGCGUGGAGAACCAGCGACGCGCCCAGGGGCAGAGCGCCGCCGCGGCGGAGAGCCCCCCGUGCUUCCCGUGCCCCGGGCCAGACGCCUCCGCCGGUGACGUGCCACGGUCCCCCAAGCAAGCGCGUGGCGCGCCCCUGUCCUCGCCGCGGCAGCCCGCCUCCCCGAGCCGCGCCGCUGGGGGCUCGCCGUUCCCCGCCGAGGCUCGGUCCAGUACAGGGAAACCCAAACAUGAGUGGUUUCUCCAGAAAGAUUCCGAAGGGGACACACCUUCGCUUAUCAACUGGCCUUCCAGAGUUAAAGUUAGAGAAAAAUUGGUGAAAGAGGAGAGUGCUCGCAGCAGCCCUGAACUUGCCUCAGAGUCCUUAACUCAGAGGAGACAUCAGCCAGCCCAUUACCUGUCCUUUCAGUCAGAAAACUCGGCCUUUGAUAGGGUCUCGAGCAAGGCAGCCAGCUCCGCACGACAGCCGAUCCGUGGCUAUGUCCAGCCGGCAGACCCCGUUCACACUGCCAAGCUGGUGACCUCAGAAACCCCAGAAAAUGAAUCUGAGUGCAGCUGGGGGGGAUCAGCCACUCAGAAUGUCCUACAGCCUCCCACCUUGAAGGUUCUAGAAGAUGAGAGAAGAGAUACCCCAGUUCUCCAUAUUUGUGAAUCAAAAGCAGAAGAAGAUGUGCUCUUCACCGAAGCUCUCGAGAAAAGCAAGAAAACACCUUUGGCUUUGGAGGAUCGUGGGCUCGCUAGAAGCCACGAAGACCCCUCUAGAAAUGAGGACUUUGGUAAGCCAGCUGUUAGCACAAUCACCUUAGAACCUCAGAAGGAACUAGCAAGUCUGCCACACCCACCUCAAGCCCAGCACCAGCCCACUGAGAGAAUCGGCAGGAGCGAAAUGGUUUUGUAUGUUCAGAGCGAGCCUGUGUCCCAGGAUGCCAGGGUGACAGGUCACAAAAAGGAAGCAUCCACGAGGAAGCACAAGGUCCUCACCCGCUCCCUGUCUGACUACACCGGCCCCCCUCAGCUCCAGGCCCUGAAAUGUAAGGACCCGGCUUCAAAGCGAGAGCCAGAGCCGCAGAGUUCCAAAACGGAGGGGCUGCACACAGAAGUUGGCGUGCUGGACACAAAGGUCUCUGUCGCCCAGCUCCGAAAUGCAUUUCUGGAAUCUGCCAGUGCCAGCAAGAAACCCGAACUCCAACCACGGGUUGAGAGGUCAACCGAAGGAGUUGGCUUGCCUACCAGUGUGGAACGGGAGAGAGGGUCCCGGAAGCCAAGACGCUAUUUUUCUCCUGGUGAAAGUAGAAAAACUUCUGAGAGAUUUAGAACUCAACCUAUAACCUCAGCAGAACGAAAGGAAUCGGAUAGGUCUACAUCUACUUCAGAAAUGCCAACUGCUGAGGAUGAAGAAAACGUAGAUGAACGAGCCAAGCUGAGUGUGGCUGCCAAGAGGCUGCUUUUCAGGGAAAUGGAGAAGUCAUUUGAUGAGAAAAAUGUUCCGAAGCGACGCUCAAGAAAUGCGGCUGUGGAGCAGAGGCUGCGGCGUCUGCAGGACAGGUCCCACACCCAGCCCGUCACCACCGAGGAGGUGGUCAUUGCGGCCACUGAACCUAUCUCUGCUUCCUGCUCUGUGGCCACCCACCCCGUAAUGACGAGACUUCCUAAUCCCACUGUAGCUAAGAGCCCUGUACAGCCUGCCAGAUUACAGGCAUCUGCUCACCAAAAGACUUUAGCCAGAGACCAGGCAAAUGAGGGCAGAGAUUCUACUGAACAAGGUGAACCUGAUUCCUCCACUCUCAGCUUAGCCGAGAAGCUGGCCUUGUUUAACAAAUUGUCCCAGCCAGUCUCAAAAGCUAUUUCUACCCGAAACAGAAUAGACAUGAGACAGAGGAGAAUGAAUGCUCGCUAUCAAACUCAGCCGGUCACGCUCGGAGAGGUCGAGCAGGUGCAAAGUGGAAAGCUCAUACCUUUUUCACCUACUGUUAACACAUCGGUGUCCACCAUGGCAUCCAUAGUCACUCCAAUGUAUGCCGGGAAUCUUCGGACAAAGCCAUCUGUGGAUGACAACACAAGUGCCAUUGACUAUAGGUUUCCUUCUUCAAUAGAAAAUUCAGACUCUCCAGUUAGAAGCAUCCUGAAAUCCCAAGUCUGGCAGCCUUCGGUAGAGGGUAGUGGGAACAAAGGAAUGUUGAGAGAAUUUGGAGAGACAGAAAGCAAGAGAGGCUCGACAGCUGUAGAUGGUGGUGUUAAAAAGUACGGGUCCUUUGAGGAAGCAGAGCCAUCCUACCCCAUCCUUAACAGAGUCCGGGAAGGAGACAGCCAUAAAGAACCCAAGUAUGCUAUUCUGAGAAAGGGAAGCCUGGAACUAGCUAAUCCUCCCCUCGCUCAUCUUGGUGAGGAACUGAAGGAAUUUCCUGCUGCUAAAAGCUCUGUACAGGGGAGCCCCGAUUCGAAGGACAGGCAGCCCUUUGAAGAGACAGUGAACAUGGAGAAUGUCACAAAAAGGAAAUUUUCCCUAAGGGCAGCAGAGUUCGGGGAGCCCAUUUCUGAGCAGACAGGCACAGCUGCCGAGAAAACUGUUGUUCAGACGGCAACCCCAGUGUCCUGGAAGCAGCAGGAUCCUUCAGAACAGCCACAGGAGAAACUCUUUAAGAAUCCAUGUGCGAUGUUUGCCACUGGAGAGAUCAAAGCACCCACGGUGGAGGGCAUCCUUGAUUCGCCCAGCAAAACCAUGUCCAUUAAAGAAAGAUUAGCACUGUUGAAGAAGAGUGGUGAGGAAGACUGGAAAAACAGACUUUCCAGAAAGCAGGAGUAUGGCAAGGCAUCUGUCAGCAGCAGCCUGCACAUCCAAGAAGUGGAACAGUCACUCAAGAAGAAGCGGGUCACAGAGAGUCGAGAGAACCAAAUGUCUAUCGAGGAGAGGAAGCACCUCAUUACAGUGAGAGAAGAAGCCUGGAAGACAAAGGGCAAAGGAGCAGCCAACGACUCCACCCAGUUUACAGUGGCCGGCAGGAUGGUGAAGAAAGGUUUGGCAUCCCCCACUGCCAUAACGCCAGUAGCGUCCCCUAUUUGCAGUAAAACAAGGGGCACAACACCAGUUUCCAAACCCCUGGAAGAUAUAGAAGCCAGACCAGACAUGCAGUUAGAGUCAGACCUGAAGUUGGACAGGCUGGAAACCUUUCUGAGAAGGCUGAAUAACAAAGUUGGUGGGACGCAAGAAACUGUGCUCACUGUCACCGGCAAAUCUGUUAAAGAGGUGAUGAAGUUGGACGAUGAUGAAACCUUUGCCAAAUUUUACCGCAGCAUGGAUUAUACUGUACCAAGAAGCCCUGUGGAGCUAGACGAGGACUUCGAUGUUAUUUUCGAUCCUUAUGCACCCAAGUUGACGUCUUCUGUGGCCGAGCACAAGCGCGCAGUGAGGCCCAAGCGCCGGGUUCAGGCUUCCAAGAACCCGUUGAAGAUGCUGGCGGCCAGAGAAGAUCUCCUUCAGGAGUACACUGAGCAGAGACUAAACGUGGCCUUCAUGGAGUCAAAGCGGAUGAAAGUAGAGAAGAUGUCCUCCAACUCCAGCUUCUCAGAAGUCACCCUGGCAGGCUUAGCCAGUAAAGAAAACUUCAGCAAUGUCAGCCUGCGGAGCAUCAAUCUGACGGAGCAGAAUUCCAACAACAGCGCGGUGCCCUAUAAGAAGCUGAUGUUGUUGCAGGUUAAAGGAAGAAGACACGUGCAGACAAGGCUGGUUGAACCUCGAGCUUCAUCACUCAACAGUGGAGACUGCUUCCUGCUGCUCUCUCCCCAUUACUGCUUCCUGUGGGUAGGAGAGUUUGCAAAUGUCAUAGAAAAGGCGAAGGCCUCAGAACUUGCAACUUUAAUUCAGACGAAGAGGGAACUUGGAUGUAGAGCUACUUAUAUCCAGACUAUCGAAGAAGGAAUUAAUACACACACGCAUGCAGCCAAAGACUUCUGGAAGCUUCUAGGUGGCCAAACCAGUUACCAAUCUGCUGGAGACCCAAAAGAAGAUGAACUGUAUGAAACAGCCAUCAUAGAAACAAACUGUAUUUACCGUCUGAUGGAGGACAAACUUGUUCCUGAUGACGACUACUGGGGGAAAAUUCCCAAAUGCUCCCUUCUGCAAUCAAAAGAGGUACUCGUGUUUGAUUUUGGGAGUGAAGUGUACGUGUGGCAUGGAAAAGAAGUCACAUUAGCACAACGGAAAAUAGCAUUCCAGCUGGCAAAGCACUUAUGGAAUGGAACCUUUGACUACGAGAAUUGUGACAUCAACCCACUGGAUCCUGGAGAAUGCAACCCGCUUAUUCCCAGAAAAGGACAGGGGCGGCCUGAUUGGGCAAUAUUUGGGAGACUUACAGAACACAAUGAGACGAUUUUGUUCAAAGAGAAGUUUCUCGAUUGGACCGAACUGAAGAGACCUAAUGAGAAGAACGCCGGAGAACUUGCCCAGCAGAAGGAAGAUCCCAGGGCAGACGUGAAGCCGUACGACGUGACCCGGAUGGUGCCGGUGCCCCAGACGACCACCGGCACCGUGCUGGACGGGGUGAACGUGGGCCGCGGCUACGGCCUGGUGGAAGGGGACGACCAGCGGCAGUUUGAGAUUGCCAGUGUCUCUGUGGAUGUCUGGCAUAUCCUCGAGUUCGACUACAGCAGGCUCCCCAAGCAGAGCAUCGGGCAGUUCCAUGAGGGCGAUGCCUAUGUGGUCAAGUGGAAGUACAUGGUGAGCACCGCAGUGGGAAGUCGGCAAAAGGGAGAGCAUCCGAUCAGGGUGGCUGGCAAGGAGAAGUGUGUCUACUUCUUCUGGCAAGGCCGGCAGUCGACUGUGAGUGAGAAGGGCACGUCGGCUCUGAUGACGGUGGAGCUGGACGAAGAAAGGGGUGCCCAGGUCCAGGUCCUCCAGGGGAAGGAGCCCCCCUGUUUUCUGCAGUGUUUCCAGGGGGGAAUGGUGGUGCAUUCUGGGAGACGGGAAGAGGAGGAAGAAAAUGCGCAAAGUGAGUGGAGGCUGUACUGUGUGCGAGGAGAAGUGCCCGUCGAAGGAAAUUUGCUGGAAGUGGCCUGUCACUGUAGUAGCUUGAGGUCCAGGACUUCCAUGGUCGUCCUCAACGUAAAUAAAGCCCUCAUUUACCUGUGGCACGGAUGCAAAGCCCAAGCCCACACGAAGGAGGUUGGAAGGACAGCAGCAAAUAAAAUCAAAGAACAAUGUCCCCUGGAAGCAGGCCUGCAUAGUAGCAGCAAAGUGACCAUACACGAGUGUGACGAAGGAUCCGAGCCCCUGGGAUUCUGGGACGCGUUAGGAAGGAGAGAUAGGAAAGCCUACGACUGCAUGCUUCAAGAUCCUGGAAAUUUUAACUUCACACCCCGCCUGUUCAUCCUCAGCAGUUCCUCUGGCGAUUUCUUAGCCACAGAAUUCAUGUAUCCUGCCCGAGACCCCUCUGUGGUCAAUUCUAUGCCCUUCCUGCAGGAGGAUCUGUAUAGUGCACCGCAGCCAGCACUUUUCCUCGUGGACAAUCACCACGAGGUGUACCUCUGGCAAGGCUGGUGGCCCAUCGAGAACAAGAUCACCGGUUCCGCCCGCAUUCGCUGGGCCUCCGACCGCAAGAGCGCCAUGGAGACGGUGCUCCAGUACUGCAAAGGAAAAAAUAUCAAGAGGCCGCCCCCCAAGUCUUACCUUAUCCACGCUGGUCUUGAACCCCUGACCUUCACCAACAUGUUUCCCAGCUGGGAGCACAGAGAAGACAUUGCAGAAAUCACAGAAAUGGAUACAGAAGUUUCGAAUCAGAUCACCCUUGUGGAGGAUGUCUUAGCCAAGCUCUGUAAAACCAUUUAUCCACUGGCUGAUCUCCUCGCCAGGCCACUGCCCGAGGGGGUUGACCCUCUAAAGCUUGAGAUUUAUCUCACCGAUGAAGACUUUGAGCUUGCACUCGACAUGACAAGAGACGAGUACAACGCACUGCCCGCCUGGAAGCAGGCGAACCUGAAGAAGGCUAAAGGUCUGUUCUAGGGGCGAGAUGCUGGGCGAACCGCUGUCCUCACUUUCAAUACCGUUGGACCAGGAAAAUGGAGAUUGUUUUGGACUGGUAUUUUAAAAAAUAUUUUUUAAUCAGAGUUUUCAACACCUGAAGUUAUGAGCUCUACUGCUUGUCCUGGAGUUGUGUAUUUUGUAAAUGUUUCAGAGAACUCUUUGGAAAGUCUCCUUCCACGAUACAGCGGGUCAUGUUAAUAAAGUAGCCUGGUGUGCACUCAAGCAGCUCCUCAGCGGCUACUCCAGCACUGCCCUCCUGUUCCAGCUAAGCGUUGCCUACAUUUUUUGAAGCAGUUCUCUUUAUAAAGUGUUAUUUUGAUAGUUUGUGAAUUCUAAAAUAUAUAUAUAUUUAUAUAAACACCAUAUAAAUCAAAUAUGUAUUUAACAAAGCAAUAUAUAUUCAUUCACUUUUAAGAUUUCUUUUUUUUUUUUUUUGGUGUCAAAAUAAUAUUAAAAAGUAGAUGGAAUUGCUUCUACAGAGUUAGCUCUGCCACCGACACGUUUCUUCACACACUUUCAGAGACGUCUCCUUCGGCAUUAGGUCUGGCUUGUUCUGAGUGCUGCUUCCGGUGCUAAAAUGAACAAAGAAUUUGUACUUCCAGCAUGGGCUCUGAAGAAUCUGUGCAAAUAUACCAUUCUACCUUAAUAUCGCCCCAAAAUGUAUAGUGCCUUGUUUUUAUGUACAGUUUAUAUACAGAAAAGUUUGCUCUGCAUUUUUUGAUGGUGGUUUGGAACAUUAUCUACAAUUUUACUCUAAAAUAGUAGAAAUAAAAAAACAUCUCAAUUUCUAAUUCCUGUUGUAAACAUUAAACAUGUCAUUUUGCGAUGUAGGACUCCAAAAUAAAAGCUUCAGAAUAAACACA